GGAAGCGGCUGGGCGAGCCGCGGCCCGUCAUGCUGCCGCCCUCACCCGGAACCGGAACUGCACAGAGACGGGGAACUUCCGCUUCCGGCUCUCCUCGGAAGUGACGCGCGGAGCGGGCGGCGGGGCGGGAGCAUGGCGGCGUCCAUGGGACUCCACGUGAGGGGAGCGGCCUGAGGGGCGCCAGGCCGCGGGGCCGCCGCCGAUGCCGCUUGGCGGUGGCGCGGGCGGGUGCCGGGGCGGCCCGGGCGGAGGCGGGUACGGGCAGGAUGGCGGUGGUGCCUCUGCGGCCCUGCAGAGCCGUCGGCCGCGUCUUGCCUCUGCUGUGCGGCGGGGCGAGGAGCAAGGGAGCUCUGAGCCCCAGGGUGCCGGGCCGCCUCACGCAGCGCCGCUACAAAAAGGACGUGCUGCCCUCCCCCGAGGGGCCCGUGCCCUCUGUCUCCAUCACCGAGAUCCGGCAGUACCUGCGGGCCCAGGGCAUCCCCUUCCACGACGGGUACAGCUGCCUGCACACCCCCAGCCUCUUCACCGACGGCCGGGAAGACCAACCGCCGGCGGCGGCCGCCAGCACCCCUUACACGCUUUUCGUUGACAAGACCACGGGCAGCUUCCUGUGCACGGCCACCCUGGCCGAGGGCACCUGGCAGGACUUCCAAGCCAACGUGGAGCUGCGGCACCGCGGUGUUCCCCCUGCCGGCUCAGAGGACCCGGAAGAGGACAUGCGACAGGCUCGUGAGGAUGCUCGCUGCAUCUGGGACCGGGCGCUGCCGCUCUGGGAGCUACUGGACGAGGAAGAGACUAGUAAGAUCAAAGCCAUGUUUGGUAUCUCCCUGGUGUCAGACGCCACCCUGAAACGCUUUGGGGUGCGUUAUCUGAGGGCUGCCAAGUCCCUUGUCUUCCCUUGGUUCAGCCCCCGUGAUGCCACCCUGAAGGGCCUGAAGCUCAUGAGGGUGGAGAAGAAGGGGGAUGUGAUAUCUUACAUAGAAGAGACUUUACCACGCCUUGAUUCCUAUCGCAAUCUGUUUGGACUGCCACUGAUUGGCCGCCGAGACACAGAGCUGGUCUUAACUGGGUGGGAGCUGGAUGCCUUAGCCCUACACCAAGCUACAGGGGUGGCCAGCCUGGCCCUGCCACGCGGGGCCACCUGCCUGCCCCCUGCCCUGCUCCCGUACCUGGAGCAGUUCAAGCGCAUCACGCUGUGGUUGGGCGAGGACCUGCGGUCUUGGGAAGCUGCCAAGCUCUUUGCCCGCAAGCUGAGCCUCAAGCGCUGCUCACUCGUGCGCCCUGGCAACCUGCAGCCCCGGCCCUUGGAGGCUCUGAACCAGGGCCUGAACCUCACCAGGAUUCUGCGUGCUGCCCUGCCUGCCAGCCACAAAUCCAUUGUCUCCUUCCGACAGCUGCGUGAAGAGGUGUUUGGAGAGCUGGUUAACACUGAGCAGGUGGCUGGCGUCAAGUGGGCACGCUUCCCUGAGCUCAACAAGCUCCUCAAAGGGCACCGCAAAGGGGAGCUCACUGUCUUCACAGGCCCAACAGGCAGUGGGAAGACAACUUUCCUCAGUGAGUAUGCCCUGGACCUUUGCAUGCAGGGGGUGUGCACUCUGUGGGGCAGCUUCGAGAUCAACAACGUCCGUUUGGCCAAGAUCAUGCUGACACAGUUUGCUGGCCGGCGCCUGGAGGACCAGCUGGAGCUCUAUGAUGAGUGGGCAGAUCGCUUUGAGGAUCUGCCCCUCUACUUCAUGACUUUCCAUGGCCAGCAGAACAUCAAGACAGUGAUUGACACCAUGCAGCACGCUGUCUACAUGUACGACAUCACCCACGUGGUUGUCGACAACCUUCAGUUCAUGAUGGGACACGAGCACGUCUCUGUGGACAGACUUGCUGCCCAGGACUACAUUGUUGGUGCCUUCCGCAAGUUCGCUACAGACAACACUUGCCACAUCACACUGAUCAUCCAUCCCCGCAAAGAGGACGACGAGAAGGAGCUGCAGACAGCCUCCAUCUUUGGCUCUGCCAAGGCCAGCCAGGAAGCUGACAACGUCCUCAUCCUGCAAGACCGUAAGCUGUUGACGGGGCCAGGGAAGCGCUACCUGCAGCAAAAGCAAGGUCAGGCUGAAGAAGAUGAAGGAGGAGAAGGCGUCUUUAGCCCUGCAAGUUCCAGAGGGAACCUCCAAGAAGUCAUGAUCCCAGCAGGUCUCUCCCUGUCAGGAGGGAUGUGGACUGGUGCUGGGAGCAUAGGGCUGGGGUACACCAGCCCUUCUUCCCCAGGAACAGAGGCCACACGCUGCUAUGGCCCUUCUGUGUGAGCAAGCCUCUUGGUCACCAGCAUGGUGAUGGAGCCACUGUGAAAGGAGGUGUGGACUUGUCCCAGAGGGGAGCAGUUGGAGGAGAGUGCUUUGGUGAACUGGGUGCUCUACUGCUGCCAGGUGCUGGGAGCAAAGGGAGGAACUGGGUGCAAUAUGAACUGGAUGAUGUGGGGCAGUGACCUGCAGUCCUGGAGCUUGGAGAUCUCUGGACCUGUGGCAAGUAUCUAAAUUGUGGGUAAAAGGAAGCCAAAAUCUUAGGUUGUCACUGGUGAGGGGAAGAGGGACAUAGGGUGGGAACAGCACCAUGACAGGUGGGAGUGUUUUGUGAGGGGAAGGUGGUGAAAUGUGGGAGGUUGGGGAUUGCUCUUGCCCCAGUGUUGUGUACUCUCUGUGGUUGGUGGCAGGGGUGGACCCCCAUGGCAUCACUGCUGCUGCAGGCUGAGGGCAGUGCUUCCAGCAGCCUCUCUUGCUCAGGGUGUCCCCAGUCUGCUUUCUGGGCAGCAUCACCAGCAGUAAAACUUUGAGGGGAGCAGCCCUGCUUCACUAGGCUGAGGUGGGGGCAGGAGGUGGCCACCCUUGUGCCCUCUGGUCUGCAGACAGCAAAUACUGUGACAUGGCAGGUCCCCAACUGUUGCAGGUUGAAGCCACAGCUGGAUCCUGAUCUUAUCCCUUGGUCUUUUUUCAUUUUUUAGUUUUAUUAAAGCACUAAUGUGA